AUGGUUGACGACCAGAUCUCUUUUGUUCCGGCCCUGCAGACGAUACACAUCCACUACACUGGAAUAGUUGACAUCACGAAUGAAAUGCGCCGGAUCCUCGGCCGCAGCGUCAAUGCAAAAUCUACCGAAUUUGGUAAUUCGUUAUCGUUUGAGACGGGGUCGAUGCGGUACAAAGCCCUGGAACAGGCGCUCUUUGUCGGUGCUGGGAGAUUCAUUGUCGGAGAAGGGGGACUGACUGUUGAGUAUCGCAUUAGUAAGGUAUGUAAAGGUCCAGGAGCCGCUGGUGAGGACGAUGGCGGAGAGGAUGGUUGA